CCGCCAUUAAACCAAAGAAGAAGGAACUGCGGAGCGGACACAUUUCAAAUCAUCAUUUUCUGUCUCCAUCUGUUCUCAUUCCGUCUCUUCGUCUCUUCGUCUCAACUCCUACCCAUCGAGUUUUGUCUUCAGCCGGCCCUCCAAACUGUUUCCUUGUUGAAAAUCCAGAAGAAAUGGCUGAAAACACCGAGCCCAAUGAGGGGAAGCAGGACAGCUCCACGUCUCCCAGGAUGAGUGACCAGGUGAAGGAGCUGGCAGCCAGCGCACACCAAGCCUUCCAGGCUGGAAACUACCAGGAGUCUCUGAAGCACCUGGACGCCCUGCAGGAGCUCCACAAAGACGACUAUAAGAUUGUCCUGAACAGAGCCGUGGUGGAGUUUUACCACAGUGGACAGACCACCACAGGCACGCUGAAACAGGCCCUCACAUCCAUCAACAGCCAGGUUCACUCCUCGUCGGAGGACGUGGACGGCCUGGACGACGUGGAGAACAGCGUGCUGUACUACAAUCAGGCCGUGGUCCACUUCCACCUGCGGCAGUACUCCGAGGCCAUCUCCAUCGGGGAGAAGCUCUACCAGUUCCUGGAGCCGUUCGAGAGGUUUGCCCAGGCCGUGUGCUUCCUGCUGGUGGACCUGUACCUGGUCACGUUCCAGCCUGAGAAGGCGCUUCACCUGCUGGCUGUGCUGGACAAGCUGUCCGUCCAGGGGAGCAACAAGAACGGCAAAGGAGAGAGCAACAGCUCAAACAAAGACCAGAAAGCCGAGUUUGCUGCCAUGAUGGAAGCGGCUAAAUCCAGAAUGCACCAGUUCAGAGUGCGAGCCUACAUCCAGAUGAAGUCCUCCAAGGCCUGUAAGAGAGAGAUCAAGUCGGUGAUGAACACAGCAGGGAACUCUGCCUCUUCACUGUUCCUCAAGAGUAACUUUGAAUAUCUGAGAGGAAACUACAGGAAAGCUGUGAAGCUGUUGAACAGCUCCAACAUGGCAGAGCACGCUGGACCUCUGAAGACUGGUGAAUGUGUUCGCUGCAUGUUCUGGAACAAUCUGGGCUGCAUUCACUUUGCAAUGGGGAAACAUAACUUAGGCAUUUUCUACUUCAAGAAAGCCCUGCAGGAGAACGACAAUACGUGCGCACAGCUGGGAGACGGCAGCAGCGGGCAGUCUAAGAAAUUUACAGGCAUCCCUAUGUGUGCUUUACUAGCCAACAAACGCUACGAGCUGCUGUAUAACUGCGGCAUCCAGCUGCUGCACAUCGGCCGGCCUCUGGCUGCCUUCGAGUGUCUGAUGGAGGCGGUGCAGGUCUACCACUCCAACCCCCGACUGUGGCUCCGUCUGGCUGAGUGCUGCAUCUCUGCUAACAAAGGGGGCUCAGAGCAGGAAACUAAAGGUUUGCCGUGUAAGAAAGGCAUCGUUCAGUCUAUCGUGGGCCAGGGAUACCAUCGCAAGAUCAUCCUGGCUUCUCCGUCCACUCAGAACUCUGUGUACAGUGAGGGUCAGUCUGCUGCCAUUCCAGUAGCCAGCAUGGAGUUUGCAGCCAUUUGCCUGAGGAACGCUCUGCUGCUGCUUCCUGAUCUCCAGGCCGCCGACAAUAAGACUGAGAACGGAUCCAAACUCUCCAGCAGCCAGUCUGGAAGCACCGAGAGCGGCAGUGAGAACAGUGAUGCCUGCAGUGGGAAAGGCCAAGAGGCCGACAAGUUUCUGUCUGCGGCUCCAUCGGCUCCUCUCAGGAAGCAGGAGCUGGAGAACCUCAGGUGCUCCAUCCUGGCCUGCAGCGCCUACGUGGCGCUGGCUCUGGGGGACAACCUGAUGGCUCUAAACCACGCUGACAAGCUGCUGCUUCAGAGCAAAGUUUCCGGAUCCCUCAGGUUUCUAGGUCACCUCUACGCUGCUGAAGCCCUCAUCUCAUUGGACAGAAUCUCUGAUGCCAUCGCCCACCUCAACCCAGAGAACGUGGUGGAUGUUUCCAUGGGAGUUCUCCCCAGUGAGCAGGACCAAGGCUCAGACAAAGGAGACGAACCUGCAGAGUCCUCAGGGAAGCAGCCCCCCCUGUGUUACCCCAGCAGCGUGACAUCUGCUCGGGCCAUGAUGCUCUUCAACCUGGGCAGCUCCUACUGUCUCCGGAGUGAGUACGACAAGGCUCGCAAGUGUCUCCAUCAGGCUGCUUCCAUGGUGAACACCAAGGAGAUCCCCCCGGAGGCCAUCCUGCGGGUGUACCUGGAGCUGCAGAACGGCAACACUCAGCUGGCUCUGCAGAUCAUCAAGAGGAACCAGCUGCUGCCCCCCCCCCUGCAGAGGCUCUCCCCCGACUCCCGCAAGAAGACCCUGCAGACCUUCCAGCUGGUGCAGCCCAUCCAGCUCCCUUCACCUUUCACACAGGUGCAGAGGAAGUGAACACACACAUUGAGGAAUCGUCUCAAUAAAUGUUUUCUGCACCA